AUGAGCACUCCAGAUCCGCAAAGCGCCAUCGUAAAUUUUUCGAACAUUUUGAAAGACGAGGCGGCUCCCCUCAAGCUUAGAUUCAGAGCGCUAUUUGCACUGCGGAGUAUAUGCACUGAUGAGUCCGUGGCUGCCAUUGCAGAGGCUUUUACAACUUCUUCCGUGCUGCUAAAACACGAGCUGGCGUACGUGCUGGGACAGAUGCAAAACAAAACAGCUCUUCCCAUUUUGGAAAAGAUUCUUAAAAAUAACGAUGAAGAUGAGAUAGUCCGCCACGAGGCAGGAGAAGCCAUUGCAACCUUUGGAGACACGGCGUACGAACAGCUGCUAAGAAAAUACUCUGAUAUAGAAGUGUCAAAAAGCAGGGCUGUAUCAGAGACAUGCCAAAUUGGAGCAGAGCUUAUCAAAAACGGGGGAUCCAGGAAGUCUCCAUUUGGCUCACUCGAUCCUGCACUCUCUUCUAAAACAGCAUCGAUUGGAGAUCUGAAGAAGAUAUAUUUAAACGAAGAGGAAAGCCUCUACAACAGAUACACAGCAAUGUUUGGGCUGAGAAACAUCGGAACAGAAGAAGCAGUUGAAAUACUGGCAGAAGGAUUUAACGGAAAAAACAGAUCAGAUCUAUUUGAGCACGAGAUAGCCUUUGUUUUCGGACAAAUGUCGCACCCUGCGUCUGCAAAGCAUCUGGCCAGAGUGCUCUCUGACGAGUCUCGCCACGAAAUGGUAAGGCACGAGUGCGCAGAGGCCCUGGGAACCAUCAACACAAAAGAAGCUGAAAAUGCUCUUCUUUCUCUGAAAGAUAUUUCCAACAGAAUCAUCCGAGAAAGCGUUGAAAUUGGCCUGGACAUCCAUGACUACCACUUCUCCGAUCCUUCCCUGGAGUACAUAGUUGAAUCUUUCCAAUAA